AUGGAUUCCAGGCGGACAGCUGUGCUGCUGGGGUUGCUGCUGCUAAUAACUGACUGGAGCCAUGCUGAAGGACCAAGAAGCCAAGGUGAAGACCAGAUCUCAGUGGAGGAAGACAAUGGCCUCUACCCACUGCAGGAUGCCCAGACACCUGGAUCACUCUUGCGAUCCUUGCUCCAAGCCAUGCAGAGACCUGGCAGGAGCCCAGCCUUCCUGUUUCAGCCCCAGAGGUUUGGCAGAAAUACUCGGGCAUCCUGGAGCAAUGAACGGCUGAGUCCCCGGGCUGGGGAGGGGUUAAGUUCCCAGUUCUGGAGUCUGGCUGCACCCCAACGCUUUGGGAAGAAGUGA